UGAUGUUCCCGGAUGACUCGACACGGAAAGGACACAUCGCACGAGAGAUGCUGAGAGUUUUGGUGAAGCAGCGACUCCACGCGGCCACUGGAGACACGUUGGGGCUGAUUGACAGGUUCAUAUCAGACUAUGAGGACUCCGUUUGUGCUCUAAGAGAACAGGAGCGACUCACAUCAGAUAUCCAGCAGCUGUUGGCGAUUUAAAGCAGACGACCCCCUGAGUGCCUGGACCUGAACCAGGUCAACAUGAAAGAGGACCCAGAGCCCCUCCACAUAAAAAAAGAGGAGCCGGAGCCCCUCUGCAUGAAAGAGGACCCGGAGCCCCUCUGCAUGAAAGAGGACCCGGAGCCCCUCUGCAUGAAAGAGGACCCGGAGCCCCUCUGCAUGAAAGAGGAACCGGAGCCCCUCUGCAUGAAAGAGGACCCGGAGCCCCUCUGCAUGAAAGAGGACCCGGAGCCCCUCCAGAUGAAAGAGGAGCCGGAGCCCCUCCAGAUGAAAGAGGAACCGGAGCCCCUCCAGAUGAAAGAGGAACCGGAGCCCCUCCAGAUGAAAGAGGAGCCGGAGCCCCUCUACAUGAAAGAGGAGCAGGAGCCCCUCCACAUGAAAGAGGAGCCGGAGCCCCUCCAGAUGAAAGAGGAGCCGGAGCCCCUCCAGAUGAAAGAGGAACCGGAGCCCCUCCAGAUGAAAGAGGAGCCGGAGCCCCUCCAGAUGAAAGAGGAACCGGAGCCCCUCCAGAUGAAAGAGGAACCGGAGCCCCUCUACAUGAAAGAGGAGCCGGAGCCCCUCCAGAUGAAAGAGGAACCGGAGCCCCUCUACAUGAAAGAGGAGCAGGAGCCCCUCCAGAUGAAAGAGGAGCCGGAGCCCCUCUACGUAAAAGAGGAGCCGGAGCCCCUCCAGAUGAAAGAGGAGCCGGAGCCCCUCUACAUGAAAGAGGAGCCGGAGCCCCUCCAGAUGAAAGAGGAGCCGGAGCCCCUCCAGAUGAAAGAGGAGCCGGAGCCCCUCUACAUGAAAGAGGAACCGGAGCCCCUCUACAUGAAAGAGGAGCAGGAGCCCCUCCAGAUGAAAGAGGAGCCGGAGCCCCUCUACGUGAAAGAGGAGCCGGAGCCCCUCCAGAUGAAAGAGGAGCCGGAGCCCCUCUACGUGAAAGAGGAGCCGGAGCCCCUCUACAUGAAAGAGGAGCAGGAGCCCCUCUACAUGAAAGAGGAGCCGGAGCCCCUCCAGAUGAAAGAGCAUCUCUGGACCGGUCUAGAGGGAGAGCAGCUUACGGUGCUGCAGGAGGCCGAUCUCACCAAGGUCUCAUUCACUGUUGUUACUGUGAAGAGUGAAGAUGACAAACCUCAGACCUCACGGCUUCAUCAAAGCCAGACGGAGGACAACAGAGAGGCGGAGCCUCCAGCCGGCAGCUCAGCUACACCGAUAACAACAGAAACUGAUGGAGAGGACUGUGGAGGUUCAGGACCAGUCAGGAACCUAAAUCCACAUCGUCAUUCACAUCCAAAUGCUGAUGAUGAAAAGGCUUCAGGAUCUUCUGAGACAGAAGUCUUUUAUGUUGAAUGGCAUGAAGCUUUGUCAGAUUCUGGACCUGAAAGUGAAGACGGGGACAAAGUCCGGAAGGAGACCAGGGAACCCUUCAGCUUCUUCAAGUGUAGUAAACGGUUUUACUACAAGGGGUUUCUGCAGAAACACAUGAUGUGUCAUUUUGGAAAAAUGUCCUCCAACUGUUUGGUUAGAAAGAAAUGUUUCAGAGAGAAUCAAAAGAAAGAAUCUUGGCCAAGGGGUCUAACAGGAGAGAAACCAUUCAGCUGUGAUGUUUGUGGCAAAGGAUUUACAAGAAAGGGAAACCAGACUAUACACAUGAGGGUCCACACAGGAGAGAACCUAUUCAGUUGUAAUGUUUGUGGAAAAGGAUUUACAAGAAAGGGAAACCAGACUAUACACAUGAGGGUCCACACAGGAGAGAACCUAUUUAGUUGUGAUGUUUGUGGGAAAAGAUUUACACAACAGGGAGUUCUAAAGAGACACAUGAGAUUCCACACAGGAGAGAAACUAUUCAGUUGUGAUGUUUGUGGGAAAAGAUUUACAGAACAGGGAGAUCUAAAGAGACACAUGAGGGUCCACACAGGAGAGAAACCAUUCAGUUGUGAUGUUUGUGGGAAAAGAUUUACACAACAGGGAGUUAUAAAGACACACAUGAGGGUUCACACAGGAGAGAAACCAUUCAGUUGUGAUGUUUGUGGGAAAAGAUUUACAGACCAUGGAACUCUAAAGAGACACAUGAGGGUCCACACAGGAGAGAAACCAUUCAGUUGUGAUGUUUGUGGGAAAAGAUUUACACAACAGGGAGUUAUAAAGACACACAAGAGAGUCCACACAGGAGAGAAACCAUUCAGUUGUGAUGUUUGUGGGAAAAGAUUGACAUUACAUGGAAGUCUGAAGAUACACAUGAGAGUCCACACAGGAGAGAAACCAUUCAGUUGUGAUGUUUGUGGGAAAAGAUUUACACAACAGAAAAAUCUGAAGAGACACAUGAGGGUCCACACAGGAGAGAAACCAUUCAGUUGUGAUGUUUGUGGGAAAGGAUUUGCAAGGCAAGGUUGUCUAAGGAGACACUCAUGGGUCCACACGGGAGAGAAACCAUUCAGUUGUGAUGUUUGUGGGAAAGGAUUUGCAACACAGGGGGGUCUAAAGAGACACACGAGAGUCCACACAUGAAAUAAUUAGUUUCUUCUCGUUGUGAAAGAGUAAUAAUGGAAGUUUUUGUUCUCUUUCUCUUGUGUUCAUUUUAAAAGACAUGUCAAAUGUUUAAAAUAUCCCUUGGUUGUAAAUGAGAUUGAAGGCUCAGGUUUUUCAUCUGAUGUAUUAAAAACCAUGACAACAUACUGAUGUAUGUGAUGGAGAACACUAAAAGCAAACUAAAAAGUCUGUACAAAUACAUCAGUAUGUAAAAUGUAUUUUUUUCCGAGUAAGUAAGUAAGUUUUUAAAUCUACAUAAAUGGAAGGUUAUGCAAGACUACUUUGUGUUACUGAAACUUUGGUGACACUUUAUUUUACAGAUCACAUUGUUUUGUAUAAUUCUCUAGAAAUAAUCCUCUAUGUAACUUUAAACUCACUGGAAGGUUCUUGGAAAAGAUUUGAUGGAUAGUUAGCGGGAAAGUACAGUUCUUAACUGUCUGAUCCAAUUAGUGUCUAGUGUCACUCAGAACACCUUUAUUGUAGUUGUACUGUUGUCUACAGGCAAGCAAACUUUAACACAUGAAUAAUAUCAAUUCAACUCAUUUCCUAAAUCAUUCUUGUAUGAUCUUCCCUCAACACGGUCCUGAUAUUCUGUGUGGAAAAGAGCGAGUUGGUCCUUUUGUUACGUUGAGGAGGAACUGGCUGCAUGCGCUGAUCAUUUUAACAGCUGAUUUUGGUUUAGUUUUGUUCUCUUAGUCCUGCUAACCUUACCUUCCAUCUUUCACCAUAUCAUUUAGUUUUGAUGAAAACUUUUGACAAAGUCCUCAUUUUUAAAGGAGACUUUUAAUUUACUUUGUCUUGUUUGGUUCAUUAAAAAAUACAAAUACUAGUGAUUGUUCUGGUUGACUAAAUCAAGGCUCCAACCAAGAAAGGUGUUGAUCACAUCGCAUAUCAAGCCUGAAGCUCGUUGUGUCAGUUCCAGUCGGAUCUCAUUUGAAUAUCAUUGUCAAAUAAAUUUUAAAGAGUCAA